AGGAUGAGAUUGUUGACCUAGCUGCUAUCUUGGGCUUCCACUCCAUGAUGAACCAGGAACAGUAUCAUGCAUCACUACUCAACAAAGGCAAACCACUUGGUGUUGGUUGGGGUGGCAUCACAAAGGCAAACAAGCCCCUCCCUGCUGAACCCCCCAAUGACACUGAUAUUGAAGAGAGCAUCAAGAAGCUAAAGGACGAUGAUAUCAACUGCAAAGACCUCAACUUCAACAAUAUUAGGAAUAUUUCUGAUGAACAGCUCAAACGCCUCUUUGAUACCUUGGAGAUGAACACAAAGUUAGAAAGUCUGAGCAUGUCAAAUGUUGGUUUGUCAGAUCGAAACCUAGAUGCUCUUGUCAACUCUACAAACGAACAAUCAACAUUUAGAGUAAUACAUUUGGAGACGAACAACAUUAGCCCGGCAGGUAUUGUGAUUGAAGCCCUUCUAAAAAAUCAUUCAGAGAAGAGAUCCGCCUUGCAAACCAGUGUUCUUGGUAACAAGAUUGAGAUGCAGCUCACAGACAUCAUUGAACAAAAUCCCACUGUCCUACGUGUUGGCGUCCACUUUGAGUUCAACGAUGCUCAGCGUGUCUCUAAGCACCUACAAAAGAAUCUGGACACCUACUGUCGGGUGUUGCUGCGAGGCGGACCACCCCUUGGUCCUCUUCACCCUCAUGCUGAACAGAGCAAGGGUCAGGUGACUAGAGCCUGAACCUUAGGCGACCCAAGCCUUCCGCCUUAGCAGGAUCGGUGCUUCAAGCGAUCACUAGAAGCUCCCUAGUCCGUGAGCUGCGCAUGGGUCAUAAAUCCAGGAAUUGCAUUGUUGGCUACCCGAUUCUCCCUGCAUUUAUGCGGUUACCUAAAAAUGAGGAAGAAGACGAGUGUUGAAUUCAGGCCUGGAUGACUGUUGCAUGAUGCCAUCGCACACUACUCCAACCAACUAAACUAUCUCAUACCAUCACUUGGUUAUCCAUUUAGUGUUCAUACCUUAGAAACUCAUGUCACAACUCUGUUUCAAACUUGAAAUUUGUAAGGUUUUAUUCAUUAAAUAUUUUUCAUCUUGUGUAAACAUUGUAUUUCAGCAUAUGUAAGUUUUAGUAGGAACCUAAUUGUUUGUUAAACAUACCUUUGGGAUCUUUACGGUUUCCUUUUUUUUUUUUUUUUCAUCUUUUUUCUUAAAGACAGCUAAAGCACAUUUGGACAACCAAUAUUGUCUUUCAUUAAACGGUGCUUAAGUAUGAGUUUGUUUGCGAUGGUAACCUGCAGCCCUGGGCCAAAUGUCUGGUCAGUUGUAGCCACCCUUCUUCUGUUCUCGACUCUUCCCAGUAUGCCUCUUCAGCACCAGGAAACUUACCCAACCAGCCAAAGACUAGGAUUUGUAAACAAUGUUGGGGAAAUAAAUCUUUGUCAUUGGAGUUUUCUUUUCAAUGUGAAAUUUUUUCAUCAUUAAUAUUAUUUAUUUUUUAUUCACCAAUGAGCUUGGAUGCUUGCUCAAGUGAACCUUUGUUGCACUAAACAGCUUCUGGAUAUUGGGCACAAAUUGAAUGGAUGGGUAUAGUCUGUAUUUGGAAGUAGAAAGACAAGGUUGAUAACAAAACAUGUAGUAUUAUAGAACUAUAUACUGUCCUAUAAUUGUUUACCUAGUUAAAAAGGUAAUUAUGAUUAUAGAUAGGUACUAUUAUUUAAUUUAGUUUUGUGAAGAUUGUAGCUGUAUGAAUGAAUUUUGAGACACUAUUGAGUCUAUUAACAUAAUCUGGGACCUACUAACACUUGACUCAACACAGUGUGUUUGAUAUGUGUCAGAGCUGGUAUCCAGUCAGAUGUGAUGAGCUCAAGGUUAUUAGUUUACACAAGGUUAAGUAAGGUUCAUUUUUCUCAAACAUUUUUCUUAACAACCAUUUAUGCACAUUUCAUAUGCAGUGUAGAAAUCUGAACCUUAUGUCUUAAGUACAGCUCAUAAUCACUGUCCCCCCUUUUUUUUAUAAAUAUCUCCUUAUACUUUCAAAUUUGAUUUAGAGCUAGUAAGUCGAUCAGACAGGUGCUCCUAUGAUUCACUGCCGACAGUGCUAAGAUGUCAUUUGUUUUAUAUCUUGAUUAAAACCUAAGCCGGAUGGAUCUCGCUAUUGCAGAAUGAAAGAUUUAACUGGUUUUUAUGAGCCUUGGUGUGGCAGUACUACUCGUCUUCUUUCUUGUAGUAAGGGAGAACUGAAUCCUGAUUGUGGAGAUGGCCAAAGCUCAUUGUCAUUUCUUCAACAAGGAUCUGUUAUACUACAGAAUAGGCUUGAUGUCUUUUGCCUGUGAUAGAGCUUAUGUUGAUUGUUUACUAAGGUGGAGGUAAGGAUUCUUUACUCAGAUUGUAUGAAGAAGUAGAUUUUACCAUUUCCCUGGUAAUGAGCUGUGCAACAACUUAAUAAUUCCAUGACAAAGUUCCUCAAUUACACAAGCUCCAUCUCAGGCAAGUUUUCUAACAUUCUGUGAUAGGGACAGUAGCACUCCUGUAUAGUUUUUUUAAGCUACUCUGCUCAUUUUUAAUGAAUAUCAUGAAAAGUACCAUGUUUUAUUGUCAUGAGCAUUAUAUUAAUGACUGUCUUGUAGCAGUAUGUACAAGUCUUGUCUUUUACUAUGCAUUUCUCACAGAGCUUGGCUUUUAAUGGACAUUUUAGACUACUGUAUUUCAAAAGAUUUUGGAAAAUAAAAUCUUAUUGUUAAUAAUUUACUGUACAAUAAUGGAAAGGGAACUUCACCCAUGUAAUUUCACCUUUGAUUAGAAUAUUUUUUUUAGCAAGUUCCCAUACACAAUAUUUAUCUUUUAUUUUAUGCAAAGUUAAAUUGCACUAUUAUGGAAAAGUCUCCAUCUAUGGUUUGUGUUGUACAAUAUUGUACAUAGGCAUUCAGUAAAGUUUUCUUUCCAUA